UCUGUGCAAAGGCUGCGCCGCUGCAAGAGUCUCAGAGAGAGAGAGAGAGAGAAUAUGAGCAACAACACCGGCGUUUCCGACAACGACCCCAAAGACGUUCCGGCGAGUGGGAUUGCUUACGGAACGGGCUUCGCCUUGGGCGUGUUCCUCCUCAUUACCACCAUCACCGUCGUAUCUUACUUCUGUGCCCGCGCCAGCACCACCACACGGCGGCAACUACCGCAAUCCGACCAUCCCAUCAACCGAUUGGUAGUCGUCGGCGGAGGUCUGGACGACGCCACCCUGCGAUCUUACCCAACGCUCACCUAUUCCGAGGCCACGCUCCCGAGGGACUCCGAUAUCCCCAAUCGCUGUGCCAUCUGCUUGGCGGACUACAACGACUCGGACGUGCUCCGGCUGCUGCCUGAUUGCGGCCACUUGUUCCAUCUAAACUGUCUGGAUCGCUGGUUGAAGCAGCAUCCGACCUGCCCAAUUUGCCGAACCUCUCCCCCGCCCUACUCCAUGCCCACCUCAUCGGCGGUAGCUGUUCCCUUGGCCCAAGUGGUAUAGAAUGAGCUGGCGAGCAAGCUAGACUACUGAACUUCAAGCGGCAAUCCGGCCGAUCACCCGGAAAAACCGAGAUGCGUCUGGUUA